AUGUCUACCGAGAACGGCACCACCGACGCCACCCUCGCUGGCACCGCCGAGGCCAACACCACCUUUGAAAGCAAGGGUAAGGGCAAGGCUCCCGCUGAGUCCGAGGACCACCCCAUGGGUGAGGCUGAGGACGAUGAGGAUGAUGAGGACGAAGAUGAGACUGAGGAGCCCGAAGCUGAGGAGGACAACCUCGAGGAGAUCGACCCCAGCAACGUGAUCAGUGGUCCCCGCACCCGCCAGAAGGAGAUCGACUACGCCAAGGCUGCCCAGGACCUGCCUGCCGAGGAGGACGAUGAGGAGGAUGACGAGGAGUUUGUGCCCGAGGAUGAGGAGAUGGAGGAGUAG